AUGGGCGUUUGUGGAAAGACAAUCAAUAAGCUUUUGACAAGCGCGAGUGCCAUGCUGGUUCCGGCAGAUGGUAUCAAUAAGAGGCGCGAUGUUAGUCAGAAUCAGACGAAGCUCCGCAACGCUCGCGUUGAGGAUCAGCUUCUGUAUCAAGUAAUUUCCGAAUGGAUCCAUCAUCAGCUCUGCCGAAUGGAGAUAAACUCCAUUAAAGAUCAAGGAGUGGUUUCUGGUGAAAUCCUCAUCGAUCUUCUUUUGCAAGAACCGACAACCGUAUUGGUCUUUGGACAGCGCCAGCACGUCCGUGGUUUCAUCCAAUACGGUGUUGUGAGUGAUGUUGGACUUUCUGGGAGCUGCCUGGACAGGCUGGGCAGGAGCAACUGUCAAGUUCUGCAACUGUUUCUCCAAAACCUGCACGUUUGUUGGGGCCGGACCCUGUAA